UCAUGAUGUGGUGUCACAAUUCACCUCCUACUCCGACUUUGUGAGAAUUUCCCGACCUGGUUCUUCGGCUCCCUCACUUUUUGCAUCUGGGAGGUCUCUGUCUGUGUUCGUGGUCUCACCUCCAAGCACUCUGAGGCAGAUCCGCGCCGCUCAGCUGACAGCUCCGAAGACUGAAGAGGCGGUACGCUGGUUGAGCCGGGCGUCUCCAGGCGGAGCCGGCGAGUGGAGUUGGCAGGAUUUCUGUAGUAUACCUAGUAUGAGUUCCACAUCUUGGCCUCUUAUCCAGCUUCAGCAGUCUCAUCUCCAUCAUCUGGAGAAUAAAUGAGAUUUGCAUGAGUUCCAAACUGAGCUGAAAUACGGACUGCAGUGCUAAUAUCCUUUUCUUCUGGUUGUUAUUAACAGCUCCUCAGAAAAUUAGAUGUCGUCAGAAGACCGAGAAGCUCAGGAGGAUGAAUUGCUGGCCCUGGCGAGUAUUUAUGAUGGAGAUGAAUUUAGAAAAGCAGAGUCUGUCCAAGGUGGAGAAACCAGGAUCUAUUUGGACUUACCACAAAACUUCAAGAUAUUUGUGAGCGGCAAUUCAAAUGAGUGUCUCCAGAAUAGUGGCUUUGAAUACACCAUUUGCUUUCUGCCUCCACUUGUGCUGAACUUUGAACUGCCACCAGAUUAUCCAUCCUCCGCCCCACCUUCAUUCACACUUAGUGGCAAAUGGCUGUCACCAACUCAGCUGUCUGCUCUGUGCAAGCACUUAGACAACCUGUGGGAAGAACACCGUGGCAGCGUGGUCCUGUUUGCCUGGAUGCAGUUUCUUAAAGAAGAGACCUUAGCGUACCUGAAUAUUGUCUCUCCUUUUGAACUCAAGAUGGGUUCUCAGAAAAAAGUUCAGAGGAGGAUGGUUCAAGCAUCCUCCAACACAGAGCUAGAUUUUGGAGGAGCUGCUGGAUCUGAUGUAGACCAAGAGGAAGUUGUGGACGAGAGAGCCGUGCAGGAUGUGGAAUCGUUGUCCAGUCUGAUCCAGGAAAUCUUGGACUUCGAUCAGGCUCAGCAGAUAAAAUGCUUUAAUAGUAAAUUGUUCCUGUGCAAUAUCUGCUUCUGUGAGAAGCUGGGUAGUGAUUGCAUGUACUUCUUGGAGUGCAGGCAUGUGUACUGCAAAGCCUGUCUCAAGGACUACUUUGAAAUCCAGAUCAGAGAUGGCCAAGUUCAGUGCCUCAACUGCCCAGAACCCAAGUGCCCUUCAGUGGCCACUCCUGGUCAGGUCAAAGAGCUAGUGGAAGCAGAGUUAUUUGCCCGUUAUGACCGCCUUCUCCUCCAGUCUACCUUGGACCUGAUGGCAGAUGUGGUGUACUGCCCCCGCCCAUCCUGCCAGCUGCCUGUGAUGCAGGAGCCUGGCUGCACAAUGGGCAUCUGUUCCAGCUGCAAUUUUGCCUUCUGUACUUUAUGCAGAUUGACCUACCAUGGGGUUUCUCCAUGUAAGGUGACUGCAGAGAAAUUAAUGGACUUACGAAAUGAGUACCUGCAAGCAGAUGAGGCCAAUAAAAGAUUUUUGGAACAGAGGUAUGGUAAGAGGGUGAUUCAGAAGGCACUGGAAGAGAUGGAAAGUAAGGAGUGGCUAGAAAAGAACUCAAAGAGCUGCCCAUGUUGUGGGACUCCCAUCGAGAAAUUAGAUGGAUGUAACAAGAUGACAUGUACCGGCUGUAUGCAAUAUUUCUGCUGGAUUUGCAUGGGUUCUCUCUCCAGAGCAAACCCUUAUAAACAUUUCACUGAUACUGCUUCCCCAUGUUUUAACCGGUUGUUCCAUGCUGUGGAUGUUAAUGGAGAUAUUUGGGAAGAUGAGGUUGAAGACUAGUUAACUUCUGCUGCUCAAGAUAUGGAAGUGGAGUGGUUUGCCCUAAUCUUUUGUCAAGUAUACAGAGUAACUUUGCAGGAUAUUUAGGGUACCAUUGAUUCCCUCUUCCUAUGUAGAAGAUAUGGGAGAACAAGGUUGAUAUUUUCAUGUGGUACUACUGAUUAAGGCACAUUCAGACAUUUUUCAUUGCAACAUGAUUGAGGAAAUACUAAGCCAAAGGUUCCGAAAAUGAAAACUAGAAAAUAUUAGUAUUACAAUGUGCCCAAAGCUUUGAGUAGUUAAAAAUUAAAUAUUUAUUUUCUUCUCCAAGCUUUAGGUAAGGAGAGAGGGGUCAAGAGUUAAACUUAUAGUCCUUUUUAUCUCUUGAGAAGCAUCCCUCUAAGACAUUCUGUGGGAGCUCCCUCAGUAGUACUGCUUACAGCUGAGGUGGGUAGAAGCCUUAUUAAAAUUGUACCGAGAGCCUGAUGUUAUUCACUCCAUGUUACAUUCUUUCCAACCUGAAUUUCUGCUAAAUUAAUUUUCUUUGGAGGAAGCCCUUUACUCUAUAACUGAUUGGAUGGCCCAGUGUCAUUUUGAUCUGAUUUUCAGGUUAGAAAUUUAUAGAUAAUUUUUAAAAUAUUUUUUGAUACCACAAACACUGUGGGUCACCUGCUAUAUUUAUUAGUGGUCUAUAGUCCACUGUUUUUGAGCCAAGUCUAGAAUUUCUGCUAAAUUAAUUUUCUUUGGAGGAAGCCCUUUACUCUAGCUGAUUGGAUGGCCCAGUGUCAUUUUGAUCUGAUUUUCAGAAUAGAAAUUUAUAGAUAAUUUAAAAAAUAUUUUUUGAUACCACAAACACUGUGGGUCACCUGAUAUAUUUAUUAGUGGUCUAUAGUCCACUGGUUUUGAGCCCAGUCUAGAAUUUAUUGAUACUGGCUCAGAAGAAUUUCAGCCCUAUUCAACUUUCCUGUUCCUUCUAGGCAGUAGAGCCUAGAUUCAGCAUGACUUGUCUUCUGUUCUGCAUUCUUUCUGUUGACUCUUGCCCUGCUUUUCAUUGGUAAGGACAAUUUUAAUAUUAGCUCCAGCAGCUCAUAUUCUAUUUCCUCUGCUGGGAUAGGAGAAAGCCUAAUAUGUUCCCAAGCCGAACAAGCUGAACUUUAAUUAUCUGCGUUUUGAACACUGCACCACCAUAGUUCCAGUCCUAACUUUCUGAAUUCUUUUUAAAGGGCUUCUCUAAUGAGCUAUGGAAAUUUGUCUUCCUAUCCUUUUUUUUUUUUUUUUUGCAACAGCACUGUUUCAGGGGAUAAUUUUGGAUGACCUAGAUCCUUGUUUCUGGGUUUUGCUGGCUUUUUGAAAAAUUGUCUUUUCUUGUGGUUUGGUGAGUGGCUUGGUAGCAAAAUAAGAUUUUUGG